GGUAACCUUGUCACCUGUUGCUCAAUGGGCUAAUGAGUUAGUGUACUGUUGUUUAAAUUAUUAUUAUUUUCUCUACUAAACUUCCUUUUCCUUCCAUAUGUGAGUAGAUGGUAGAAAAUGCCUUGCGUGUAAAGCCUGGCGGUGAGGAUGUUCUCGGAGAGUAUCAGUCAAACAAUUCACUGACACAUCGUACCCGGAGGCAACUUGUCAACAUAUUGGCUAGCCAUAUGACUGAGAACCAUGGGAGGAUUCCUUCCCGCAAGCAUAAGGAGAAGUAUGCCCUGGGAAUCGUGACACUUUUUCCUUCACUCAAAGAUCCUUUUUCUCCAAAGGGCUAUGAGCACUUUUAUGAUGGGGAAAAAGGCACAGGAUAUUUAGCAUGGCGCCUCAAGACCAUGUCAAGGAAAAGAUGUCAAAGGCCAGCGAAGGUAACGACGGUGGUACAAGAACAAGGACCAAAGCGCAGAAGAACAUCUGCCACACUGCCUCAGCAGCUUCAUGGAGAUACCUGCAAAGAGGCAAUAUCAUUUCUCCUUCACUGCAAUGAUGAUGGAAGUGUAUUUGAGAAGAUGAAGAUGACCUUUCAACAUCGCCAGGACCUGGUUUAUGACCCACAAAGAACAACAGAUAUCUUCAAAACCUUUCCACGAUUUUUAGAUGUCAAAGGACUUCUAAACCAAGACUUUGUACUGCUGUUUGGAGUGGAAACGGCCGCCAAGAUGCUUGAGAAGUGGGACACAGCAUUCAAGCCCAAGGUUAUUGAAGAGGCAAAACAUCUGACUCAGACAACUGAAGUGUGUCAACUUCUGAAAGCUGCUGAAAAACUUGCGGUCAAUGAUGACACCAACUGGGACAGUGACAUGGCUUCUCUGCUGCUGCUUCUCCAUCUUCUGCCACCCACUGCUGGUCGGAAAAGGAUCAAAAUAAGUCCCAGUGAUGCUGUUGGAAAAAUGGUCCACUUUCAUAAGUCAUGCUGCAGCAUUGAAGAACACUUGCGAGAACGAGAGGGUAAACAACCAUACAUCCUUGCUGUUGGCCGAACCAAGAUCAACAUUGAAACUUUCUACAUUGUCGUGGACAAACAGCUCAUUCCCUUGACCAUUUCAGUGAGCAUUUUCAUGCCUAUCAAGUGUUUGAAAGUGAUGAAAAAGAUAUUAUCAAAGCAGACAAUCUGGUCAUUUACAAGCCUUUUGACUUGCAAAGUGCUUACAGUAAGGAGGAUGAGAGCCUAUACGUUGUGCCUUUAUUUUCUAUUUAAGUGUGGCUAUGUUACCUUUUGCUCAGACAACACUGGUGCUUGGCGUUCAUGAUGAAUAAAUACUUGAAAUGAU